AUGCCUAAGGAAGGUUUAAAGAGAACAAAAGUUACAACCAAAAGGAAGUUGCAUGUUCCUUAUGCUAAAGGCUACAGACCACCAUCACAAGAAGAUGCUUUGAAAGCCAUAGGAUUCAAGCCUGACAGACUGCCUCUAGUGUAUUCUGACACCAAAGAAACACCUACAUAUUUCUCAGCUAUACCUGCUCCUUCUUCAAUAGAUGACUGGCUAGCUCAGUAUGCUGAGGAAGGGCAGAGCUUCAGCAAAUAUCUAGAUGAAAAUCCAUGGUUCUCUAAUAGGAAAUUAAAGUUCAUGAGGCAAAGCUUUAACCCUAAAGGUAAAACUAUAUCUCAGAAGUACCCAAAUGGAAAAAUUUACAUUGCAAAAAUUGGCGCUUUCAAUAGCAAAGACAUAAUGUUUAGUGAUUUAAUUGACUAUGUGCAAAGAUAUUUAGGCCUACCAGUAGAAGUGUUUGAAGGACUAGACAUAGAGAAAAAAGGUUCAGAUUUAAUCUUAACUGAGGACCCAAGUCAUAAUCCAUCAAAACGCCAAUCAGCUAGAGUUAAAAAGUCCACUCUUACUACAAGGUUUAAUUCAGUGUCAAAGCAUGUUCAAAUAAACGUGGAUUCAAUUUUACCCAGAAUGCACUUGAUAAUGCCAGAUGAUGCUUUGUGCCUGAUUGGACUUACACCCUAUGACUUGUAUGGUGAUGAAUCUGAUUUGUUUGUGGCUGGCAUGGCCUCUGGUAACAGACGUGUUGCUAUAUUUAGCCUGUUGCGUUAUGAUCCUGCUCUGACCUUCUCUAAAGAAUUUUGGUAUGACAUCAAAACAAACAAGAAAAUAAAACAAGAAGAACGCCACAGGUUGAUUUUACAAAGAAGUUGCAAACUGGUAGUUCAUGAACUUUGCCAUUUACUUGGCCUAGAUCAUUGUAUCUAUUUCCGUUGCUGUAUGAAUGGAUCAGGUCAUUUAGCAGAAGACUUCAGUCAGCCAAUGAUGCUGUGCCCAGUUGAUCUGCAUAAACUUCAUGCCCUUGUUGGUUUUGAUGUCCUAAAGCGCUAUGAGAGUUUGCUAGAAUUCUACAAAAAACACUUGUUCACAGAAGAAGCUGAGUGGACAAGUCAAAGAAUCAAAUUUAUAAGCUCAAAUGUGGCUCCUUAAAAUUAUUUAAGGCUGUUAGAAAUAACAAGUCCUGUUGUUCCAUCUACUGUGAUAUAAAUUCUGUGAUAAUUUUGUGACUCUAUGAAUCAAAAUGUGAUGAUUGUACCUUGUUUAUGUUAUGUAAGAAGAAGAUAUCU